ACCACAACAAAAACGUCAGCGGCCCGCCAGCAGCCAGACAUUACUACAACUGCAACGCCAGAGACGCACGUUUUUACACACGACAGAGAGAGGAAUUUUCCUGCCUUUAUUCCUGAGGACAACAGCGAUGAGACUAGGGGACUUGUUCGCGAUAGCCCUGUGCUGUGGACUGUUGGUGUUGUCGAGAAUACCUGGAUCGAGAGCGGACGCUCACUGCGGAUCAUCCCAAUUCACAUGCCACAACGGACGGUGUAUCCCCUCAUCAUGGAAAUGCGACGAAGAUGACGACUGUGGAGACAACUCUGACGAGACCGACUGCCCCGUGAGAACGUGCUCGGACAGUGAGUUCACCUGCGACGACUCCAAGUGCAUCCCGUCGCGGUGGCAGUGCGAUGGAGACAGCGACUGCGCCGACGGGUCGGACGAGAAGGCCGACAUCUGCAACCAGCGAACCUGCCGGUCGGACCACUUCAGCUGCGAGGAGAAUGGCGGCGGGAUCUGCAUCCCGCGGACGUGGGUGUGCGACCGCGACGCCGACUGCGAGAACGGGCGCGACGAGCAGGAGUGCGACCAGCUGACCUGCGACCCCACCGAGCACACCUGCGACAACGGGAAGUGCAUCACGGUGCGCUGGGUGUGCGACCAGGACGAUGACUGCGGCGACAACUCUGACGAGAAGAACUGCCCCACCCCGACCUGCUCGUCCAACGAGUUCAUGUGUCAAAACAACUCCUACUGCAUCCCGCAACGGUGGAAGUGCGACGGCGACUUCGACUGUUUGGAUUUCACCGACGAGAAGGACUGUCCCUCUGUGCCCCCUGGUACGGAGUGUUCGUCUCGUGAGUUCACCUGUGGGAACCGCGACUGUGUCCACAUCUCCUGGAGGUGCGAUGGUGAUGAAGACUGUGCUGAUGGCUCUGAUGAAAUUGACUGCGUUCGCCAGUGUUCGGAAGACCAGUUCCGGUGUGACAACGGCAACUGCAUCGACGGCACGCGUCAGUGUGACGGGAAAAGAGACUGUGAGGACGGGAGCGACGAGCGCCAUGACUGCCCAGAGAUCAUCCGCUGCGACUUAACAAGAGAGUUUGAGUGCAUCAACCGGAACACCGGCGUGCUGGAGCAGUGCAUCCCGUUCUCCAAAGUCUGCGACCGCAAUGAUGACUGUGCCGAUGGCUCUGACGAGCCAGGCACGUGGACGAACGUACAAUGCAACGUGGACGAAUGUAAGGUGGACAACGGCAGCUGUUCGCAAGGCUGCGUAGACACACCACAUUCUUACUACUGCACCUGUGACAAUGGUUUUGAGCUGCAGGACGAUAAGCGUACAUGUAAGGACAAGGAUGAGUGUGCGGACUUCGGAACGUGCAGCCAGCUUUGUGAGAACACCCAUGGCGGCUACAAGUGCGAGUGUGUGGAAGGAUACACCCUGGACCCACGUCACGGAUUCUGCAAGGCUGAAGGAGAAGAGUUGAAACUGAUCUUCGCUAACCGUCGUGACCUGCGAAUGAUUGACCUGGCGACUAACGAGUACACGGAGCUGGUAGGCGACCUGCGGAGCGCUAUCGCCACUGAUGUGGACGUUCCAAACAAGCGUGUCUACUGGACUGAUGUUGCCAGGGAAGAAAUCUACAGCGCUCCCAUCGAAGCUGACUCUAACGGAGAGCGGUCCAAGGUAGUGCUGGUGUCGGAGGGUAUCCACACGCCCGACGGCGUUGCCGUCGACUGGAUCCACCACAAAAUGUACUGGACGGACACUGGCACCAACACCAUCUCUGUUUCCCGGCUGGACGGCAACUUGCGCAAGACUCUGUUCGCAACAGACCUGGAUGAACCAAGAGCACUCGCCCUGGAUCCAACUGAAGGGUUUAUGUACUGGUCAGACUGGGGCCAGCCGGCCAAGAUCGAGCGUGCCGGUAUGAACGGCUUCUUCCGCGAGACCCUGGUGCAGACCGGCAUCGAGUGGCCCAACGGACUGACCCUGGACAUCCUCGGCAAGCGUAUCUACUGGGUGGACGCCAAGCUGCACACCAUCAGCUCUGUCACAACCACCGGCGCCGAUCGCAGGCAGAUCAUUCAAGACGAGACGCUGUUGGCUCAUCCCUUCUCUAUCACUGUGUUCGAGGACACCUUGUUCUUCACGGAUUGGCAGAGCGAGUCCAUCCACAGUCUGAACAAGUUCACCGGAGAAGACCACAAAGUUAUUGGGAGCAACCUGUACUCCCCCAUGGACAUAACAGUGUACCAUUCCAAGAGGCAACUACCAGGGACAGACUAUUGUGAGAACAAUCAGUACUGCUCGGACCUGUGUCUGCCUGCCCCUCAAAUCAACAAGCACUCAGCCAAGUUCAGCUGUCUGUGUGAGGAUGGCCGUGAGUUAAUGGAAGACCGCCGCACAUGCACAGGACGAACCGCUAUCCCCAUGCCCACAGACGGCACCCCGUCCGGCCGGACCGGAGGUGACAUGCAGCCUGGCCACAUCGCCGCCAUCGUGAUCGCCGUGCUAGUCGCUCUGGUCGUCCUUGUGGCCCUCAUCGGCUUCUUCGCCUGGCGGUUCUUCCGGAGUACGAACAUGAAGUCCAUGAACUUCGACAACCCCGUGUACCGCAAGACGACGGAGGACCAGUUCAGUCUACAGAAGCACGCCCAGCCAACAGGACACUCCUACCCCCCCAUAACCGCCCUCUCAACUGUAGAAGAUCCAUAACCUCCUGUAUCUUAGCAGCCCCGUAGAAUGUUUAUUAUUUCCAUAUGCUGCAGAAAUGUUUUUUGCAGUGCUUAAACUAAAUAGUUGGCCUGAAUUCUUGACAGGCCUAGCGGAGUUUUCCAUCUCUGUUGCCAUGGCAAUGUGAGCUGCUACAGAACUUAUACAAUGUGUUUGUUUUUUUGUUUCUAAUUUAAGAGUUCUGUCUUGUGCGUGAUGCUUUAGUAACUCUAGCAAUAGGCCCAUUAUUUAUGACAUGUACCUAUGUUUUUGCUGAUUUGAGCAAAAGGUUGAGGAAGAUGCUCACUGUCUUCCUUGGUUGUAGUGUAGGUGUAAGUUUGGGUGGCCACUGUAAAUAUCAAAUGUAGCCAGGAAAUGGCAGAGCGCAUUUGGCACUCUUAUUUUGUAUUGUAGAGUGCCUUCGACAUGGUGAUAUUUAUGAAUAUCCAGCAUUUUGCAACAUGCUUUAAAAACCUAGCCCGCAACUGAGAUGGAAAUAUUCUUAACUGUGUAAAAGUGAUAAUGUCAAAGAGAAAAAAUUGUCUUUUGAAUGAUUUUGAUGUAGGAGAGAGGAAUUUAGUGCAGAUAAAAUAAUUGAUGAACAAAUGAUUUUUGUGUAUCGCCUUCGAAGUCAAAAGAGAAAAAAAGCUACCAAAAAAAGUACAAACUCCAGAAAAAUAAAAAGCGACAUCAAAAAAUUGUUUGUACAGAAAUGCCAAGGCGGUGUUGGAAUCUGAAGAGAACUAUAUAUUUAUGCUUUGGUGUCUUUGUCGUCUUGACGACACAUGAUGUGAAGAAGUGCUCCUGAAGACCUUGUGCCUGAUAGUGCACAACUUGUACAUAACGUUCAAGAAAAAACUUUCUGUUAUUUUAUUAACCGUUCCUUGUGCGAACUGGAUUGGGGGUUCUCCGUAGGUCAUUCCCCUUUGUGUACAUGAGCCCUGGGCAACAUGGGACGAUCGGUAGUUGGACAUCAGUAAUGUUAGCUUACACAGCGUUGUACAAAGUGCGUUAGAUCAUUCUUGGUGUGUGUUGAUGGCUGAGUGUGCUCUGGUAUUUUUAUAUUUUGCUUUUGGACCUCUAGAAGAUUGAACCAGCACUGUAUUCAUGGGUUUCCUCUUGAAAUGUUGACAAACAUAUAUUUAUUGUACUAUGAGAAGACAGUUUGCUUGUGUUUAAGUUGAGAUAGGAGGGCCAGUCGUCUGCCAACUGGAUGCACAGGUUUUACUCACUCUCACAAACUGCCAGUGCCAGAUAGUUUAACCUGACAUGUACAUAGUUUACCCACCAAUGAGAAACUGCCAACAAGUCAGCUUACUGCCAGCCAAUCAUAGCAGACGGUACAUCAGAUGAAAUCCAUUCUUGUGAAUUUGUGCAUCCAAGUUGGCAGGAGACGGCCCAAACCAUGUUGUAUCAUACACAGAACAGUCUGUAGCAUAGCCUAUAUAUAAAUAUAUAUAUAUCGCCCAGAAAGAGUGCAUGCAGUUCAUUAGGCCAUAAGUUUGUAUUUCCGCUGGUUAUAAAUAUGCAGAAAAUGUACUGUUAUACAUAUGUUUACUAGUUCAUAGUGUCAAGUCUUCAUGCUAUUUCCUACGUUCAGCCUCCUAACUUAUCCACCCCCAAGUGAGCUGUGGUGCGAUCCAUAAAUAGGAUGAUAUAUUGCAUUAUUUGGCGAGUACCAUUGCACACGUGGGGAGGGACGGGUUAUGGGCUAAAUGUGUAACAUUUCAUCCCCACUGCCUUGUAAAUAAAUUGCACAGAGUAGAUAGGAACCCACCUCUCCAAGAAUGCCAAUUUUUGCACACAUUUCAUACAUUGAAAAUCACUAUCUGCUGUAUAUGUCUUAUGUCUUAGAACAAAAACUGGAAUAUUAUGCCAAGAAUUACACUAUGAGAUGGCAUUCUAAAUUUGAAUACUGGGAUAGAAUUGGAGAUCUUGAAGAUGUAUACUCUACUAAAAGAAAAUAACAGCAUAACAGCAUUGUACGUGUAUGGAAAAUGAGAUGUAUUUGUGUCAUUCUUGGAGAGGCUGUGGUCGCUUUGGGGUAACAGAAUUGUACAAAACAGCCCUUGUAGUCUGUAGUAACCACUUGGAAUUGCAGCCACUGUGUAUUCUAAUUAUGUAUGGGAGUAAAGUGUAUUCAGUGGAAA